UGAACAAGGAUUCAAGAAAAUGGCAACUCCAAUCGAUGAUGCCUAUAGCCGGGUGGAUGCUAUCUGCGACCAGGAAAGUAAAACCACGGUCAUGUUCGUCGGAGCUCCCGGAGCUGGAAAGUCGUCCUUAAUCAACUCCUUAAUCAACAUCAUCGACUACGACAAGGAUUCUAGGCAGAAGGGUAUCAACAGGUACAUCCCCACUGCCCCUAAGGAUAUGAUGGGUGGACACACCCUUAUGCGGGAGCAGGUGGAAUUGACCGAAGCUCUGACCAUUGUGGAUAACCGUGGGUGGCACGACUGGGGGAAUGAAGUUGCUCUGAAAGAGCUAGUCGCUCAAAUAAAUGCUCAACGGGCCUUCGUUGAUGAUGUCGAUUGGGAACAUGAAGUAGAGGAAGAAGACAUCCUGGAAAUUCCUCUAGUUAUUGCCGAGAAAAUAAGCUGUGUAACCAUCGUUAUCAAUGGGAAAGGUGGUAUCGGUGCACUCAAAGGCAUGCAGAAUCUGGUCAAGACGUGUAAUAAAGAGACUGGUCGCAAGCCAUCGGUCGUUGUCACUCAUAAAGAUCAUAUGACUAAGGAUCAGAUUGAGAAGGUAAAAUCUUUGCUGGAGAAAGAGCAUGGGAUCGGCAGAGAAAGAGUGUUCGUCAUCCAAAACAAAAUUGAUAUUGAUACCUGUCUUGAAGCUGGCUCAAAAUCACGUCUUCUCGAUUUCCUUGAACGCUGUAUUGCUGAUGGUAAAGCCGGGGGUAGCUUCCAUAGCCAGAAAGAAAAGAGACACGAGAUCCGAGUAGAGUAUAAGAAAAAGGUCGAUGCGCAUAAGGCCGCAGAAAGAAAGAAGCGGAAUGGCGAAGCGAUUGAAAUCUCUGCUCAAGAAUUAGAGCUUGUGCGAUCCGUACAAGAGAAACUGAGGCUUGAAAUAGUGACAAAUAAAGAGAAAGCGUUGGUCGAUAUUGAUGAAGCUAUAAAGAAUGAUGAGCGAAAGCAUUUGCAGAAUAUGCAAAAGGAGGAAGAAAAAAAUUAUGCGGCGUUACAAAAGCUUGAAAAAGAAAAUGAGCUCAAGGCCAUGAAAUAUGCUGCCGAAAUGGCAAUGAAGGAAGGUUCCAAAGUGUGUGAGAGAUUAGCUAAAGAGGGCCGUUUCUUCAAAUGAAAAGAAAAUGAGAACAUGGAAUAUGAGUAAACGAAAUCUGUUUUAUAUUGUUCUAAAUGAUGGACCUAUAUUUGCUUCUUCGAAAUGAAUUCAUAUCAUUCAAAUUAAUUUCAGUCAAAUCAGGAAUUUUCGGCUACACCUUAUGCUUUGCUCAUACCAACUAAAGUCAGUAUGAUACAAUUAUUAAAGUGUUAAAAUUGAACUGUUAUGACGAUGGUGUACAUAAUUAAUAUCGAGUUUUUAUUUUUUUAUCAUAACUACAGGAAAAAAGUAUUAGAUUAUGAUAUCUGUAUUUUAGAUUGGCAGCAGUUUAAAGUAGAUACAAAUAUCCUGUUUUGGGCAAUACAAUGUAUUUAACGUUAUGUGUGUGUACUGCGAAAUAUUACAGACUCAUUAAGGCGGGAUACAUUUAAAUUAAUCUUGAUGAUGUUUUUUGUAAAGACAUACGUAAUAUUAUGCUAGCGAAGGAUCCUUAGCCCUAAUUGUCGUCUUAUAAAGAUAAGAUUAUAUUAUUAAACACUGUCAACAGCCCUAUGUUUUCGUUAUACCGGUAUCAAGAAACUAUAACUAUGAGUUUAAAUGUUUAUUGUAAUCAAUUUUUAUUCUCGAAUAACUGAAAAUGUUUGAUAAUGCGGGUUGCAGAAACUGAUCUAACUAUAAUGGAAGCCCCUUUCCCCCUUCCAACCUCCCACCGAAAAAAGAAGAAGAGGUAAAUUGAUUUUCUAGAUAGAGAUGACCCGACAUGGGUGUGCGUGUGUGUGUGUCCGUGUGUGUCCGUGU